GCUCUUGACCACCAUCCUACAUCCCAUCCCACCAACUAGACGCGAUCCCGUCAUGACCCAAUUCCCCACACUCAAGAACGACUUACUGCUGCGCGCAGCGAGAGGCGAGAAGACCGAGCGCGCGCCGGUCUGGGUGAUGCGGCAGGCGGGGAGGUACCUUCCCGAAUUCCGCGCCCUCCGCGCCCACCACGAGUUCUUCGAGAUCUGCCGCACCCCCGAGCUCGCCUGCGAGAUCACCGUGCAGCCCGUGCGGCGGUACACCGGCCUGCUCGAUGCCGCAAUCAUCUUCAGCGACAUCCUCGUCAUCCCCCAAGCCAUGGGCAUGGAGGUCAUCAUGAACCCCGGGCCACACUUCCCCACCCCGCUCGACACGCCCGCGGACGUAGAGAAACUCCCGAAGGAGGUCGACGUGGAGAAGGAGCUGAAGUACGUGUUCGAGGCGCUGACGCGGACGCGGAAGGAGCUGAAGGGGGAGGUGCCGCUAAUUGGGUUCUGCGGCGCGCCGUGGACGCUGUUUGCGUAUAUGGUGGAGGGUGGCGGGAGCAAGACGCUGCAGAAGGCGAAGACGUGGCUGUUCAAGUAUCCGCAGGAGAGCAAGGCGCUGCUCAAGCGUAUCGCGGACGUUUGCAUUGACUACCUUGUCGGGCAGGUCAAGGCAGGUGCACAGCUUCUCCAAGUCUUCGACUCUUGGGCUGGCGAGCUCGGCCCCGACGACUUCGCCGAGUUCUCCCAGCCCACCCUCACCCAAAUCUCGACCGGCGUCCGCCAAAAGCUUACCGCCUCCGGCAUCACCGUCCCCCCACUUACCCUCUUCGCCAAGGGCGCGAACUACGCCCUUGGCUCCCUCGCUGAGCACGCUGGCUACGACGUCCUCGGUCUCGACUGGUGCAUUGACCCCGCGGAGGCGCGCAAGAUCGUCGGCGGGAAGGUCGCGCUGCAGGGAAACAUGGACCCGAGUCUGCUUUAUGGCGGGCGGGAGGCGAUUGAGAGGGCGGUGAAGCGAAUGAGCGAGAAGUUCGGGAAGGAGGGCGGCUGGAUUGCGAACUUGGGCCACGGGAUUACGCCUCAGGUGGAUCCGGAGGAUCUGAAGUGGUUCUUCGAGUGCGUGCACAAGUACUCCAGGGUUGCGUAGACCGCCCUUCACUUUGCUGAAAAGGAGGUCAGGCAAGAGAUGUACGCAUAUUCAAUGUAUCUACCAGUGUACUUAGCGAGUUCCUCAGAUAUAAGUAAGUCGCUCCUCGUGAACAGCA